UCCCUACAUGGAGAGAGCGAGGAGAGACGGCGCGAGAGCUGCGCAUGCUCCGCCCGACGACGCCUGGACGUGGGGGAAGAGACGCGCAUGCGCGCGGGGAGUCUGGGGGAAGCGGCGCAUGCGCUCGUUCGGGCCCGGGAGAGAGGAGCCUCAGCGGCGGCGAGGGACGGGAGGGAGCGAAGGGGGCGGCCUCGCGCGCAUGCGCCUCGAGCGGGCUGGCGGCGGGGCCUGACGAUGGAAGAUGAGGAGGUCGCGGAGAGCUGGGAGGAGGCGGCCGACAGCGGGGAGAUAGACAGGCGGCUGGAGAAGAAGCUGAAGAUCAGCCAGAAGGAGAGCCGGAAGCCGCGCUCCCCGCCGAAGGCCCCCCCGGUGGUGCUCCAGGAUGAGGGCCUGCCCUUGGCGGGGCCCCCUCCCCAGAUCCGCAUCCUGAAGCGGCCCACCAGCAACGGGGUCCUGGGCAGCCCCCACGCGGCCAGCCGGCCCGCCUUCCCCGUCAAGUCCCUGGCCCAGAGGGAGGCCGAGUACGCCGAGGCUCGCAAGCGCAUCCUGGGCAGCGCCAGCCCCGAGGAGGAGGACGACGAGGACGGAGAGCAGCAGCAGCGCGGGCCCGACAAGCCCCUCCUGGACAGGCCGCCCAGGAUCUCUCACCCGGACGAGGCCCGGCCAGCCAGCAACGUGAUCCGCCAGCCGCUGGGCCCGGAUGGUUCUCAGGGCUUCCGCCAGCGCAGAUAGACAUGGCCGCCUCGCAUCUGCCGUGGUCGGGAAGCAAGGCCGGCUGCUCCGCUGCUGCCGCUGUCACGGCCUCCUCUUCCUCCUCCUCGGCCCUCUCCGUUCCGCCCGGCCUGGACAGAUGGACCUGAGCGGGGCGGGGGCGGCCCUGGCCGUGGCCCUCCCUCCGGCCCCUCGCACUGUGAGCCCGGCUUUGCUCCUCUGACCAGCCUGCAGCAAUAAUGGCCAGCGUGCCGGGGACGGGCGCAGGAGCUUUCCGGGGCUUCUGGCCGAUAGCGACGGAAGGAAGGAAGGAAGGAAGGAAGGAGGCUUUGCAGGCCGAGGACGCGAGGGACGGAGCCGCUGGCCAAAGAGACGGGGGGCCAGGUCUGCCGUGAGCCCAGACUUCGGCCCCGGGAACCUUUCGCAAUGGUAGGAGGAGGAGCGGAGAGCGUUGUGUUGGGUCAAGUUUUGCAAAGGGUCGCCCGAGAAGGAGGGAAGGGAGGGCCCCCUCCAGCAGCCAUAUUGGGGCCCGGCUCCGGGCCUCCUUGCUUCUUCUUCUUCUUCUUCACUGUGUUUCCAGAGUCUGCCUUGUUGUCCCGCCGCCUGGUUUCCGGGGGACGGGACCCGGCCGGGAGGGGGGUCGGGGGGAGGCCACUUGUGGGGCCGGGGGCUUGAGACACAGACACUGGGGCGUCUCCUCUUGUGCUGGAUCAGAAGUGGAACUGUUGCCUCUUUUUG